AUGUCUACAAUAAAAGAUGAAACGUGGAGUAUUGGGCCAAGUAUGGGCCGAGUCUGGGCUAAGCUUAAUGAGAAGAGAUUGAAGUUUUCUUCUCUCUCUCGGAGAUCAAUGGCUGCCAAUUUCUGGAAUUCCAAGCAGCUUAUGGAGCAAGAAGAAGUGGAUGUAGUUCAUGCUCUAGACAAAGAACGUGGACUUUCUGUUGAGGAUUUCAAGCUCAUCAAGUUCCAUAUGUGUAAUCAUAUGAUGAAAUUAGCUCAGCACAUUAAAGUCAGGCAAAGGGUUGUGGCCACUGCUGUUACCUACAUGAGACGGGUUUAUACCAGAAAAAGUAUGGUAGAGUUUGAGCCCCGUCUUGUUGCUCUUGCAUGCAUGUAUCUGGCAUCUAAAGCUGAAGAAAGUAUUGUUCAGGCCAGGAAUGUCAUUUUUUACAUCAAAAAAUUGUAUCCUGAUGAGUAUAAAUAUGAACUAAAAGAUGUAUUAGGAAUGGAGAUGAAGGUCUUAGAAGCACUCAACUAUUAUCUCGUUGUGUUUCACCCUUACCGCUCUUUAUCUGAGUUUUUGCAAGAUGCUGCAAUAAACGAUGUAAAUAUGAACCAGAUUACAUGGGGAAUUGUAAAUGAUACUUAUAAGAUGGACCUCAUCCUUGUACACCCUCCUUACCGCAUAGCUCUAGCGUGUAUAUACAUAGCAAGUGUCCACAGAGAUAAAGAUAUCACUGCAUGGUUUGAAGAUCUUCAUGAGGACAUGAACUUGGUGAAGAACAUUGCCAUGGAGAUUCUGGACUUCUACGAGAAUUACAGAUCAAUCACCGAGGAGAAAGUGAAUUCUGCGUUCAGCAAAUUGGCUUUGAAGCCGUAGCAGCAGCAGCAGCCAGGAAUCACAUCCAUCUCCAAGUUUAGUCUAAUACUCUCUGACACAAAAACAAAAAAGAUAGAGACUUUAUCAGUUGCCAUAUUAUCUUUACCUUUGUGGCAGACAUGUAACAUUAUUGUUAACGCUACCAAACAAAAUUUUAAAGUGAAAAUUGUAACAUGUGGUAUAUGUCAAAAAGUAUUAAAGAGUUGAUUUGGC